GAAGAAAAUAUGGUGGUGGAAACAAAAGGCUGCAGCUCGGCAGAAAUUGGAGUUUUCUGCGUAGAGAAAAAUAAAAAAGAAAAAGUUUUGGCUUUGCAUCAUUGCAUUUGCAUGUCUGUAAAAUCCCAAAACUGAAGUCUUUUGUUAUCUCAAAAUCAACUUGCUUCAAGUGUUGAGAAGAUCAGCAUUUGGUAACCUUGGCUCCUGGAAAAUUUACACUUAAAACAUUUACACUGGGCUGGGAAAUAGGGUGACACUAGGUGGCGUUUGGUUUUGGUUGGAGCUCCAUUAUGCGCCAACCUGAUUGCUCUCGAAAGAGCCAGCAUGUGAUCGUGCCUAAAAGUACCGCUGUUGUAAUUGAGACCGCACCUGCAGCCACUUCUAACAUGCCUGAACCUGGUGUGCAGACCUCAAAUGGUAGACCUCAGCAGGCAAUGGAAACAUUUGCUGCUCCAUUUUAUCAGACAAGAUUAGUAGAAGAGACAGCAACACUAAUUGAGAGAAUUUAUAAUUUGGGGGCUUCAAAGUUCAGCGGUUCUACUAGUCCUGAUGAUGCUGAAGAGUGGAUACAGAGGCUUGAAGAGAUUUUUGAUAUCAUUGAUUGCUCGGACGAGCAAAAGCUAUCCGUCACCAGGUUUUUGCUAGAGCGAGAUGCUUUUCAUUGGUGGAAGGGGGUGAAACUUUGCUAUCCUUAUCCAUCAACCAUAAGUUGGGUAGAUUUUCGACGUGAGUUUUAUGAUAAGUAUUUUCCACGAUCCUAUCGCGAUGCCAAGUUGAGAGAGUUUUUGCAGCUGACACAAGGAUAUAUGAGUGUAAGACAAUAUGAGGAUAAGUUUAUUUCAUUGGUGAGAUUUGCCCGAGCCAUAGUAGCGAAUGAGGUCGAUAUGUGUAGGAGGUUUGAGGACGGUCUUCGAAGGGAUAUUAGGAUGAUUGUGACUGCAGUAGGUUGGACAGAGUUUCGCGGGCUUGUUAACUCUGCUGAGAGAGUAGAACUGUGUAUUUCUGAUCAUCAAAGCAACCAGGAACAGCAGCAACAGCAGCAACACAUCGAUAAAAUUAUUGGCCGGUGAGGUUAACAAAAUUGAUCUUAUGCCAAAGGUAAGUACUGAAGAUCUGUGACAUUCCUUUGGUAGAAAUGGUUGUCCUUGUCAGACAGGCCUUCUUUAGUUGUUUUCGUAAUAGAGUAUCAAAAUCACCUUAGCCUUUUUCUUUUCUCCUUUUAAUAUAAGCAAAAACAGCUUUGCUUGUUAGUGCAGCUGAAACUAGGAUAGAAUUUUUCAGCUCAAAAAUUUAAGUGGUACUUUGCUAAUGGCUCUGGUUUAGUGAUUUUAUCAAAAUAAAGAUUGAAAUGAAGAAAUAUAAA